AUGGCCAAACACGUUAUGAGAUACACAAUCAGGGUGUUCAUGACUUACCCUAGAAUGUUCGCGCACGGUCAACCUCCUCCAUUCAUUCAUCAUACUCAAUUGAUGGGCGAAGUGCCUCAAACCUUGUCUCAAUGCAUGGUGAUAUUUUCGGGCUCAGACAGGCCAGAACUGGCUUCAUUACUUGGGACUUCUGUCAAGUAUGAAUUGUAUGCGUUGAUGGCACAGUAUGAAACAUACAAUAAUGAAGUCGAGCUCCUAGCCGCGUUCCAAGCAUAUAUACUAUACAGCAUCUUUCUUCUAUUCUCGGGAGAUGGGAGAACCCGCAAUCCCGGUCAAGACGAGAAUGUAAUGGUGGGCUUACAGGACAUGUCUAUGGCGCUCAUGAAGAGCGGUCUUUUACUCAACGCUGAAACACAAUCUAUCAUGCCCUCUUGGGAAGCGUGGAUAGCUGUUGAAGCCAAACGUCGCGCCAUCCAGGCUUCACACACGCUGAUGUGGGCAUGGUCACUACAGCAGAAGUAUCCUCCAUUCGGCUGCCGGGAGGUGGGCUUCAUGCCAACCCCUUCCCCCAAGGUUCUGUGGCAAGCAAGAGAUGAUGAGGAAUGGAGAGGACAUUACAACAAGUGGCUAGAUUACUGGCGCAAUGGUGGAGCACAUCGUGUUGAAGAGCUCAUGCUGAUCAAACCUGAUAUUGAACUUGAUGAGAGAACUCAAAGAUGGCUCGAAGAAGCGGACGAAUUUGGCUUAGUAUUAAUGGCCCAAGGUAUGAGCGUUUGGUGA